AGCUGCUUCGGUGUUUUAUUUUGUGAGACGUUUCCAUUCAUGCUGCGUUCGCUGCUGCUGCUCCGGGGAGUUUGAGCUCUGAGUGGCCGGGGUAGUCGGGAGCUCAGUGGGGACAACACGGCUCAGUCACCGAGUUGCAGCAUGGUGGUCCCGGACAGUGCCAAUGUGGUCCCUCGCCCUGACAGGUCCACCGGCCACACUGAGAGCUCUGGUCCAGGGUGCACAGAGAUGGAGGAGACGGCAGCGGUGGAGCUGGAGGAGGUCCGAAAGCUGCAGGAGCUCGUCCGCAGGUUGGAGAUCCAGAACGAGACGCUGCGCAGCAGGGGGGUGAAGACCGUCAUCCCCAAAGGAGCCAUCAAUGAGGGUGUCAACAUCAACCAGAGGCUGCAGCUCAGGUUGGACCACAGCGCUGAGCUGAGCAGCAUGGGCUCCAAGCUCUCGCCUCCUCAGGAAGGCAGCAGCAGUGAGGAGAUGUCCCCUUCCGCUGUGGCCAACCACCUGGAGGAAGAGGACGAGGAUCUGGGUCCAUUGUGCGGGGACUUUCUGUCUCUGACUUGUAGGAACGGAGCGGAGCAGGCCGAGACGCCGGAGAGCCCAUCUCAGGGAAGUUGCGAGUCAGAGACGCUUGCGGACAGCGACUCGGGGGUGGACCACACCGCGCUGGAUGAGGUGGACGUCCUAGAUUUGCAGGACGGGUGUGCAGAAGUAGAAGACGAGGACAGUUGGUUGUACGUUUCUCCUAAAAAGCAAGCAGCAGAUUCAGGUCCGGACUCUCCGUUGAAGUGGUGUCGGCAGGUUCUCGAUCAUCGCAGCCCGGAGACUGAAAUCGCUUGUCGGACGCUGAUCAAUCGUUUGGAUCAAACAUCUCGGCGGAAGAACGUGUACAGUACGUCAGAGGCGGGGUCAGUGAGCUCUGGCCAGAUCUCUCCUGGGUACCACAAAUCAACUAACAAAUCCCUACUAACCUUUGGCAGCUCAGGUGUCACAAACGUGCAGUCGGCCCUCAGCUCCCAGUCGUCCAUAGACAGUGAGCUCAGCACGUCGGAUGACUCCAUCUCUAUGGGCUACAAGCUCCAGGAUCUCACUGAUGUUCAGAUCAUGGCUCGCCUACAAGAAGAGAGUUUGAGGCAGGAUUGUGCUUCCAGCUCUGCUUCUGCAUCCCGUCGCAGCUCCACAACAUCGCUGCACUCCCUGCGGCGGGGCGGCACCUACAGCGACCAGGAGUUUGACACGUACAGCCUGGAAGAUGAAGAGGACGAGCUCAGCGCCGCGCCUCAGCGUCGACAUCGCUUCACUCCUUCGCCUUUAGGCUCGCCUCGGUGCCUGUCCCCCUCCACCUCCAACCACGGUCAGGAAUCCAGCAGCCGACUCGCUGCGCCACGCGCUAGAGCGCCCAGACGGUCUCUUCAGGGCCCCAGUGCAGAGCUGCUCAAGUUUGCCAAGAGUGAAGAGGAGUUGAGGCACAGCAUGCCUAAUCUGGCCCCGCGCACCAGCCUGCGCUCCUUGGAGGCUAUCAGAAACAGCCGCAGCAUGGAGGCUAACCUCCAGAGCUCUGGCAACCGCAUGUCUCACCUGCCUCACUCCCCCUCCACAGGUGCAGUUUGCAGUCGCCUGCGCACAAACGGCCAGUCUCCCCUCUCUCUGCGGACGCCGGUUAAAGCUGUCGCCCCGGUGGGCUCCAUGUCAGCUGGUCGUCAGUCCUCCAGAGGUCUGCCCAUCGUCCAGGUGCUGCCUACAGGAGAGGGCCGCAGGCUCCAGUCGACGGGAUCUGCCAAUGGAGGGGCCUACAGACCUGGGAGGGGCUCGGUUGGGGCAGGAAGGCCUUCAGUGGGUCGAGGUCAGGCUGCUCCAUCGCUCUCCACAAGAAGUAAACUCUCACAGCCUCCCAGAAGGUCUUUGGGCAUGGCUAAAAUCUCUGACGAAUCCUGGAAAGAUGGCUGUUACUGAUGAAGGAUC